ACAGAAUGUUUGCGAAUUUAGCAUAAUUUUAGAGAAUUUGCUUCUUCUUAUUUUAUACCGUUGCGGAUAAGUGCAAAGAAUGCUGUUUUUUAGUUGUAUCACAGCAUAAUUAAAAUGAAUUGUUUAUAAACAAACGCGUAACGGAACUGUGUCACUAGAGUACUACAAAAAGUAACAUGCUUCAUCAAUUUACGUACACUCGGAUAUAAGUGAUGAAGUAACCAUUUUCACUUGGUCUUAAAUUGAGUGAUUUCGAAUUCGAUGAACAGUUUUUCUUAUAAUUUUGGUAAAGUAGGGAAACUAUGCGGUCAGCUGGAUUUUAGCUACUACAGCAUUUGUGCAUUCAUAUGCGCGUAUACAUGUGUGUGUGUGGUGCGUAUGCGUAUAUUUCCGCUGCGCUUAGCGCUAAUCAGCGCUUUGCGGCAACACCAUCAAUAUGCUACCACAUUUUAAACGGCGGUGAACGGUGAAAAACGGUUCGAUUUCGGCACUGGCAUGAAGAACGGGUAUCACGCUGUUGAAUAACAGUAUUACAAACAGAAUUUCAUAAAAUAAAUUUACAUAAUACAUCCUUAGUUGGAUUUCCGGUGGAUUUUGCAUGCGAAUGCAUGAAAAUGGAUGACGUCGUCUGUGAGUACGAAGAGGAUGUGGAAGCUUUGUGCAGUUAUGUAUCUUUGAGAAAAGUGAUACCAUUCGAUGUAAGAUACUGGCGAUAUUCGGCAGGCAGCGGUGAAGGAGACAACUACAUGUCGGUAGUAAAACGCAUAGAAGUAAGCACCCACGGAUUUGACAGCGGGAUGGAGAUGCACAAAGGUGCACAAUAUUUUAGUUUUAUAGUUAAAAGGCAAAUUUUAAGCCAAUCACGUCGUACUCUUUUUCGCUGCGAUGAAGCAUUUUGCAAUGAAAUAAACGCCUAUACGCACGUGGUACCAGUUCUAGAAAAAUAUUUCGUCAACGGAGAUACAGUAUUUCCGCAAUGCUACUAUGCCGGCACAGAUAAAAAAGGCGAGCUAAUUGCACUGAAGGAUUUGACAAAGCUCGGUUAUCGCAUGCCCAAUCGUUUAGUGCCGUUCGAUCUUCACCACUGUGAAAUAGUGAUGAGGGAACUGGCCAAGUUACAUGCCACAUCUAUAGCGGCGAAACAUUUGGAUGAUAGCGAUUUUCGAGAGCGUUAUUGUAAAGUAAACGAAAUUGUGUAUUGCCGAGAAGCCGAAAACUUUUAUGGAAAUUUACUUACUUCUUCAAUAGAGGAAUCGUUAAAAAGCUUACGGGAAUCCAACAUCGAUGGUAGUCUUUCGGAUCCGAUUUAUCUUAUAGAACAACUAAAAACUGAACUGUAUCAGAAAAUUAUGCACAUGAUUAAUAAUGCCAGCGAUUGCGUCAGUGUGAUGUGUCAUGGUGACUUGUACGUCAAUAAUAUCAUGUUUAAGUCUUGUAAUGAGGAGAACGAUACGUACUAUGCACCGAAGGAAGUGAAAUUCUUUGAUUUACAGGCAAUGCGUUACACUUCGUUCAUCUUUGAUAUACUUCAUUUCAUGUUUACCAGCACGAAACGUGAUCUUCGUGAUGCGCAUACAAAUCGCUUGCUGGAGACAUACCGCAGCGCACUGCAUAACAGAUUGGAAAAACUUUUGAGUUCGCGUGAACAUUUAGCAUCUAUUCGUAGGACUUUUUCACUAGCGAAUAUCAUGAAGGAGUUUUCCACGCAUGCUCUCUACGGUUUAGCUGUUUCGAUGUGGGUGUUGCCUGCGAUAACAUUCGAUCCAAAUAACAUACCCAAUUUAGAUGUCAUCAGUGAAGCUGUCCCAAAAGCCAACGAAAUCAAGGUUACACAAAAGUUAACUGAAGAAUAUCAUUCUAGAAUUAAAGACCUUGCGUUGGAGUUUCAUGAAAAUGGAUAUUUCGGCCCUUGGCUAGAGAAGUAGUUCAAUUUACAAUAGUAUAAUUUAGCAAGAAUUGUUUACUUUAAGUAGGUCACAA